AUGGCUCACCAGAAGGUCGCCCUUGUAACUGCAGGAUCAGCGGGUCUUGGGGCCUGCAUCGCUAAAGCACUCGUACGGGAUGGCAUGCGAGUUGUCAUCAACUACAGCAGUAACACUUCACGUGCAGACGCGCUGAUCGCAGAGCUCCAAAAUUCUGUCAAAGAGUCUGCAACGAAUACCAGCGAUUACUUCAUCGCCGUCAAAGCAGACAUGGGCGAUAGAGAUUCCGUCAAGCGACUAGUCGAGGAAACCUACCAGAAGAUGGGUCGCAUCGAUGUGGUAGUUUCGAAUGCAGGAUGGACAAAGAUGAGAGAUUUUCUCAACCUCGACGACGGUGUUUACGAAGAAGAUUGGGAUCGCUGUUUUCAGAUCAAUGUGAAAAGUCAUUUGUGGCUAUUUCAUGCUGCCAGACCCUAUCUUCACGAGACUGAGGGUGCUUUUGUCACUACAGCAUCUGUGGCUGGGAUCAAGCCUAGUGGCAGUUCUUUGCCUUAUGCUGUGACGAAAGCAGCUCAGAUCCAUCUGGUAAAGUCGUUGGCUGUGAUUGCUGCACCAAAGAUCCGAGUGAAUGCAGUUGCACCUGGUGUGCUUCUGACCGAGUGGGGCCUGUCUUUCCCAGAAGAAAAGUUGAAGGCUGUCAAAGAGCAGAAUCGACUCAAAAGAUUUGCGACCGUCGAGGAUGUGGCACGUCAAGUCUUGACUUUUGCGCAAAGUUCAUCCAUGACAGGCCAAGUAGCAAUAAUUGAUGCGGGAUUUUCUUUGUAG